GCUAGGAACCGGUGCAAAGACUGGUGACCAGUGCAAAGACCAGCUUGAGGACAAGUGACCAGUGCAGGGAGUGGGGCGAGGACCAGUAACCAGUGCAAGGACCGGUGACUGGUGCAAGGACCGGCUUGAGGACCAGUGACCAGUGCUGGGAGUGGGGCGAGGACCAGUAACCGGUGCAAGGACCAGUGACCGGCACAAAGAUCAGCUUGAGAACCAGUGAUCAGUGUGGGGAGCGGGGCGAGGACCAGUAACCUGUGCAAGGACCGGUGAUCGGUGCAAGGACCGGCUCGAGGACCAGUGACCUGUGCAAGGACCGGCUUGAGGACCAGUGACCGGUGUGGGGAGCGUGGCGAGGACUGGUGACAGGUGCAAGGACCGGUGACCGGUGCUAGGCCCGGUGACCAGUGGAAGGACAGGCUCGAGGACCAGUGACCAGUGUGGGGAGUGGGGCGAGGACCAGUAACCGGUGCAAGGACCGGUGACCGGUGCAAGGACCGGCUCGAGGACCAGUGACUGGUGCGGGGAGCUGGGCGAGGGCCAAUAACCAGUGCAAGGACCGGUUUGAGGACCAGUGACCAGUGCGGGGAUCGGGGCGAGGGCCAGUAACCGGUGAAAGGCCCGGUGACCGGUGUAAAGACCGGCUUGAGGACCAGUGACUGGUGCGGGGAGCGGGGCGAGGACCAGUAACCGGUGCAAGGACCGGUGACCAGAGCAAGGACCGGCUCGAGGACCAGUGACCGGCGUGGGGAGCUGGGCGAGGGCCAGUAACCAGUGCAAGGACCAGUGACCGGUGCAAGGACCGGCUUGAGGACCAGUGAACAGUGCGGGGAGUGGGGCGAGGACCAGUAGCCGGUGCAAGGACCGGUGACUAGAGCAAGGACCGGUGACCGGUGGAAGGACCGACUCGAGGACCAGUGACCGGUGCAAGGACCGGUGACCAGUGCAAGGACCGGUGACCGGUGGCAGGACCACCUCGAGGACCAGUGACCGGUGAAGGGAGUGGGGCAAGGACCAAUAACCCGUGCAAGGACCGGUGACUGGCGCAAGGACCGGCUCGAGAACCAGUGCCCAGUGCCAGGAGUGGGGCGAGGACCAGUGACUGGUGCAAGGAGCGGUGACCAGUGCAAAGACCGGUGACCGGUGGCAGGACCAGCUCGAGGACCAGUGACCUGUGCGGGGAGCGAGGCGAGGACCAGUAACCGGUGCAAGGACCGACUUGAGGACCAGUGACCAGUGCGGGGAGCAGGGCGAGGGCUAGUAACUGGUGUAAGGACCAGUAACUUGUGCAAGGACCAGCUCGAGGACCCGUGACCGGUGCAAGGAGCGGUGACCAGUGCAAGGCCGGUGACCGGUGGAAGGACUGGCUCGAGGACCAGUGAUCAGUGUGGGGACUGGCUCGAGGACCAGUAACCACUGCAAGGACCGGUGACUGGUGAAAGGACCGGCGAGAGGACCAAAGCAGAGUCCGGAGGGGUUCCGGGGCCCAGGGCGAUGGCGGACCCUGUGGUGUGCAGUUUCCUGACGAAGCUGCUGUGUGCCCACAGUGGCCGCAUGGCCCUGCAGGACCUGCCCCGCCACAUCGCCCUCCCGGGCCCGCAGCUGGACGACGUGCUGCGGGAGGCCGGGACCGACCACUUCGUGCUGGCCGGAGACGGGCCCGGGGGCGUCGAGGUGGUGGCCGUGUCCGCCGUCCGUCUCUGUCCACGCUACCUGCGCGGGGAGUGUCUGAGCUGCCACCGCCUGCACCUGUGCAAACUCUUCAUCCUGGGAAAGUGCGGCCCCAGGCCUCGCCGGGCCCAGUGCGAAUUCUCCCACGACAUCCACACAGAGGGCAAUCAGGCUGUGCUCAAAGCCCACAACCUCAACGGCCUCAACCAGGAGGAACUCCGGAUCUUGCUGCUCCAGAAUGACCCCUUCCUCCUACCCGAGGUUUGCUCCUUCUACAACAAGGGCGAGGGACCCCACGGCUCCUGCCACCUCCAAGGACGCUGCUCCCGGCUACACGUGUGCCGCCACUUCGUCCAGGGGGAAUGCCGGUACAGCAAAUGCAAGCGUUCGCAUGGCCUGGUGGGCCCAGCCACGCUGCAGAUGCUGCAGACCCACGGGCUGAGCCCCUCCACUGCCCUGAACAUCCAGGCCAUCUGCGGGCACCGGACGGCCGAGCUGUUCCGGGAGUUCUUGGAGAAGAGAGCGAGCACGAACAGAGAGAGAAGCCAGAUCAGAAAGAGUUGUCAGGACAUCCCCUCGGCCUCCAAUCCUGCUUCACCCUCCAAGAGUUCAUCCCCAAAAGGCCCGAGGCCCGGCUCUGUGGACAAGCCUGCCAGGGACGAGGACAAGAGCAAGAGCGAUGACAUCUGCCUCUACUACGUCUGGAGAUUCUGCAAACACAAGAGCUCCUGCAGAAACAUCCACUACCACCUGCCCUACUGCUGGCAGGUGAAAGAAGGGGGCCUCUGGAAGAACCUUCCCAAGAUGGAGGAGAUCGAAAAGGCUUUUUGUGACCCCAACAACGCCAGUCUGGGAAGCCGGAACAUCGACUUCCAGAAAAUGACGUGCGCGUCGGCACCGGUCAAACGCCUGUCCACCCCUUCAUCCGUCCGGAACCCCAGCUUGUCUCUGACGACAAAGUGGCGUUGGUAUUGGAUGAAUGAACAUGGCCAGUGGAUUGAAUACGGGAAAGAAGGGUCGACUCAACAAACGGCCUCACUGACCUCCCUGGACCUAGAGACGGUGUUCCUGGCUAAUCCGAAAGACACGGUGGAUUUCCGGGCUGGUUCUCAGAUGUACAAAAUUGACUUUGAAGAGAUGGUCCAGAGGAACCUGGUCUUACGGACCAAGCGAGAAGUACGGCGGCGGCCGGAAUUCGUGUCCUCCGCGGAUGUGGACAACAUAAAGAAAAGGUCCCCGGGCUCCUCUGGGCCGGACAUUUUGGCAGGAACCUUCCCGGACACCUGGGACAAGAAGGCCGUGCCAGAAGUGGGCUUCAAGUUAGUGGACCUGGCUGCCAGCACCCCAGAGCACCAGAAAGUGGUGAAACAGUUUCAAGAGACCAUGAGCCGCUUCACCGUCCGCAAGGUGUGGAGGGUUCAGAAUCUGGCCCUCUGGCAAGUCUUCCAGUGGCAGAAGGAGCAGAUGCGGAAGGCGAACGGAGGCAAGGAGGUAGCAGAGAAACUCCUGUUCCACGGCACAGCCCCUGCCCACCGGGAUGCCAUCUGCCACCACAACUUCGACUGGCGGAUCUGCGGGACCCACGGCACGCGCUACGGGAAAGGCAGCUACUUUGCCAAAGAUGCCAGCUACUCCCACAACUACUCCCAGGCGGGCGUCAGCGGCAACAACGACGUCAAGACCAUGUUCCUGGCCCGCGUCCUGGUGGGGGAUUUCACGCUUGGAAACCCUACCCUCGUCCGCCCGCCCCCGCGGCCCGAGGACCCCGGCCGCUUCUACGACAGCUGCGUGGACUGCACUCCGACCCCCGCCAUCUUCGUCAUCUUCGAAAAGCACCAGAUCUACCCAGAGUACAUCAUCGAGUACACCGCAGCCACGAAUUGCGUCCUCCAGUGAGGCUGGCUUUCUCCCAGUCGCCGCCAUACUCCCGCCAUCGUCCACACCAUUCCUCUACCCUCCUGGUCCUAAUCGGCACAACCACGAGGCUCCCAACAUCUCCCACCCCCUUUCUGCUCCUCGUAGGUCCCGCCAGCACAACUACAAGACUCCCAGCAUCCUCCAAUCAAUCAAUCAAUCAAUCAAUCAAUCAAUCAAUCGUA